AUGGUUCUCCCUCCCGUCAAGAUCGCCUCGCGUCCUUCGUCCCCCACUUCUUCUCAUCACCAACCACCAUACGCCUCGACGUCGUCAUCGUCCUCCUCCCAUCCACCUCGCAUCGCAGCUCGCCCCAUUGCUCCGGCUGAUCGCUCCCCAGAUCGCCUCUCUCAGCACUCGCGAACCGGCUCCAUCCACGAAGCUGACGGCUUGCCGCACAUUCGUCCACGAGGCUCGCGGCUACCAUCGCCUUCUGGUCACGCAUCAUCUUCUCAUCACGACGCUUCAGCAGCAGCACCGACAAGGAGUACGGCUCGCAGUCUCUUUCGCGAUCCACGAGCCUUUCAUCCUGCUGGCCGUUCACAGUCGCCCAUCGCUGCCUUUCGAAACCGAUCGCAGAGCUCGGAGAGGUCACAUCUCGGUCCUUCUCGAUCGCAACCCAACAGUCCGCUGCUGCAUCCCUCGUCGUUCCGCCAUCCCCACGAAUCGACCGGCAUCCACCUCCCUCCCAUCUCUUCUCUGUCGAGAGAGGUGACCACCGACCAUUCAGACGCUCUUGCGCAUCGUCGCCGCACGCCAAACACCUCACCUCGCCCUUCAGCACGCUUGCAUAUGGGCAACACCUUCGCUGAUUCGAGCCCAGCUCCUGACAUGGGUAGCCCCGCCACCAUGCGUCACGAUUACCCCGCUUACCGUCACGAGCGUGCGGGCGAAGAUCGUGCCAAGCCGCAGCACUAUGCCGAAGAGCAUCCUCGAGCCAUCGCGCCCGCUCCCAGAGCAAGCUACGAGCACGAUCCGCGCGGUAUACCGUACCGUGAGAGCCACCUUACUUCUUCGCGAUCCAACGAGGCCGCUCACCAGCCGAACGGCGCUAGACGCACUAAUAGCCCACAGCAAGUGCCCCGCGAGUCGUACGACCCGGAAGGCGCCAUGUCGCCUCGUUCUGCACAGAACGCGGGCAUGAGGUGUUCCAACUGCGGCGUCACAUCCACUCCACUCUGGAGAAGGGCUCCGGACGGAAGCACCAUAUGUAAUGCUUGCGGUCUCUACAUCAAGUCGCAUAGCAUGCACCGCUCUACUCCCAGUCGUCCCGGCGGAGCAGAUGCAAGCCCACCCACCAGUGAAACGCCGCUUGCCGCCGCCGCUCCCAGAUGCUCCCGAGAGGACGAUCCCAAAUCUGGGUCCUGUCCCGGCGAUGGUCUCUGCAACGGCACCGGCGGAACUGCAAGCUGCAGCGGCUGCCCAGCCUACAACAACAAUCUGUCUCACGCCCUCAAAGCGAGCAAGCGCGAACCACGCGCUAGCGAAGACACCUCGCCCACUCGCCCGGUAGAGAGGGUGGCUACGCCGGCCGACGACAAGAAGGAGGAUGACAAGAGCGCCGUGGGGGCCCUCCGCUGCACCAAUUGUCAGACCACCACCACUCCCUUGUGGAGACGUGACGAGGAUGGCAACAACAUCUGCAAUGCUUGCGGUCUCUACCACAAGCUGCACGGCACGCAUCGCCCGAUUGGCAUGAAGAAGACUGUCAUCAAACGCAGAAAACGCAUCCCUGCCAACGCGGCCGCACAGGCCGCUAACCAUCCGGACGUUGUGCCCGUUCAGAUCAACGCCAACGGUCAGCCUGUGAUUGCACCCGCUGCUGGCCGAGCAGGCGGCGAUUCGACGCCCACUCCUUCUGAAGGCAAGCGCGCAUCUAAAAAGGCCUCGGCUUCGACGUCGGAGCAAGUCAUGCGCGAGGCCCGCGAUCGCGAGGCCGCCAUGCUCUUGAUGGAGGUCGGCGCCGGCGCCAGAUCGCGCCCCUCGAUGCACGAGGAGGACCGUCUUCACCAGAGCGGUUUGGCCUCGACUUCGAUGCAUCACGACAUGCACUCUGCCAAGACGAGUGCAGACUCGAAUCGCCUGUCGCACGCAGACGAGUCUCGAGCCACCAAGCGACCUCGCAAGUCGUAUCCGUUGGCUCCUCGUGAUGCGUACGAUGAACACGAUACCUCUCCCAACGCAUCUGCAGCCUUUGCAGAGGCUCAUGCAGGCAGCCUCCCGAGGUCGCAGCGAUCGCCGGUCCAUGCCUCCUCCGACAGGACUGGCCGCUCCGAUGUCCACCAUGAGGCGCUCCACGGCUCUAGCAUCGCAGCCGAGCACGCAGCACGCACUGGCGCUUCGGAGACCACGCGGCCUAGCUCGACUGUACCGCAUCACCAUCAUCACCAUCACCAUCAUCAUGCCAACCACGCAACGCACGCUGCUCACCAUGGACACCAUCACCACCACCAUCACCCCGUUGCGGUGAGUGGCAGCGCUCACGGACACGCAGUCCAAGCAUCUAGUGGGGGCGUCAAGCUGGGCGAGUUCGAGCGACUGAGAGACGAGCUGCUGUUCGAGCGUAGACGUCUCGACGAAAUGAUUCACCGUGCCGAGGCUUUCCUCGCCUCGGCUCGCCAGGGCAACUACGCAGUCGAGGUGGCCGCUGCGCCCGUCAGUGCGCUGCACAACGGUCACCGAGCUUCUCGCGAGUCUCCUCCUCAGGUUGGUUCCGCUCGAGGCAGUCCUGGCGUGAGCAGCCGUGGCGCUCGAGCCGGCGACGCACCCGUCAAAGAGGAAGUUGCCGAUGUUGCCUCGCGACGCUCGCAAGGAUACGACAAUGGCAGCUCGUCGAGCGAAAGGGACGAGCUCGAGUCUCCGCCUCCUCCUGCCCUGCAUUCGCACCGACCACCAGCGUCUCGACCGUUACUCGCGUCGUCGGAGGUACAGCCUAGCUCGCGACGCAACAGCUUUGAGCAGAGGAUGGCAUCGCUUCCGGUGAUGGACGCGGUACCUCUGAAGCGUAAUUCACCCCCGAGUACGCUCUCGACGGCGGCCGAGAGCCGCUCGCUCUCUGCAGCGCCAUCGGUCGCGCGCAAGGCGACUGCGUGGGGCAUUGAUGCACGAACCACGCCCGUGGCAUCGGCCAGGCCCGGUGACAAGCGCGGUCGUGCCGAGGACAUGGACGAGGACGAGGACCACUGGAAUUGGGAUAACCUGUAUGGUAAAGCCAAGCUGGAGAAGGCAGGUGACUGGCGCGGCUUUGCGCGACCUGCUGAGCAGGACCAUCGCGGACAGUCGAGGAGCAAUGGUGGCAGCGUCCGAAGAGAGACGCCGAUGAACGUCGCAUCCAGAAUGCCGACCGCUUCCAGCCCUCCCAAAACGGUCAGCACACCGCGGACCUAA